GUAAUCAAGCAGGAGUUUCGGGAGGUACAGCUUCUGGUAAAACCACUGUAUGUGACAUGAUCAUCCAACAGCUUCAUGAUCAUCGUGUUGUACUUGUCAAUCAGGAUUCCUUUUACCGUGGUUUAACUCCUGAAGAAUCAAAAUGUGUGCAUGAGUAUAAUUUUGAUCAUCCAGAUGCUUUUGACACCGAGCAGUUGUUAGAUUGUAUUCAGAAGCUCAAGAAUGGGCAAUCUUACCAAGUUCCCAUCUAUGAUUUUAAGAACCAUCGUCGGUGCUCAGAUAUUUUCCGUCAGGUAAAUGCAUCAGAUGUUAUUAUCUUGGAGGGAAUUCUGGUUUUCCAUGACCAGCGUGUUCGCAACCUUAUGAAUAUGAAGAUUUUUGUUGAUACAGAUGCUGAUGUGAGGCUUGCUCGUAGAAUCAGACGUGACACGGUUGAGAGAGGUCGGGAUGUAAAUUCUGUACUUGAACAGUAUGCAAAGUUUGUCAAACCUGCAUUUGAUGAUUUUGUUCUGCCAUCCAAGAAGUAUGCUGAUGUGAUCAUUCCCCGGGGAGGUGAUAAUCAUGUUGCCAUUGAUUUGAUUGUUCAACAUAUCCGCACAAAGCUUGGUCAGCAUGACCUCUGCAAAAUAUAUCCCAAUGUCACUGUGAUUCAGUCAACAUUUCAGAUAAGAGGGAUGCAUACUCUGAUCCGAGAUCGGGAGAUCUCAAAGCAUGACUUUGUCUUCUAUUCUGAUCGACUUAUUCGUCUGGUUGUGGAGCAUGGCCUUGGACAUCUGCCAUUCACUGAAAAACAAGUAGUUACACCAACGGGUAUGUAUGGGAGAAAGAAAAGUGAGGUUUGAGCUCUUUUGAAAUUCAGCCAUUUUUUUCACAAUGACUGAUUUAGGGAGUAUCCAAAUGGAAACUGGAGGAAACUAUUUAUUUAAAUGUUCACUGAUUUAUGCAUGUUUCUUUGUAAAUGUCAUGGGUUUUAGAUUAUUGGUAGUGCUUUUUCAAGCAGUCAGUUUUUCUCUCCCUUUUCAUGUGCCUCUGUGUGUGUGUGUGUGCUUGUGUGUGGACUGCUUUGAAUAACUGGAAUUUAAAUUC